AUGAGCGUGGAGGAUAGCGGACCGAGUGCGAUACGGGGAUGGGGCUGUACUCCUACCGGCGACCCACCACCAGCGGCUGCUGUCUCUUCAGAUGCCAAUACUAGAAGAGGAUGUCUACCAAGAAUAUUUACCGCAGGAUGGAGAAGAACCGCAUUGUAUGGAAUACUUGUAUUCCUUAUGCUUUUAGUAUUCCUAAACAUCGGGUUGACUUUGUGGAUUAUUGGAGCCUUAAAAUUGAGCAUGAACGGAGUGGGACCUAUUAGAAUAGUAAGAAAUGGCAUCCAGUUAGAGGGCCAAGCGUGGGUGGUUGACAAUCUUGUGGCUGCCAGAAUAACGUCUCAACUUGGUCAGCCCAUAACGUUACACUCACACCGCAAUUUCACUGUAAAAGUUGCUGAACCAGACCACAUCGAACAUUCAAAGCUUUUUAUAAAACGAGAUAGCAUCGAGUUUAGUGGACGUGUCCUAAACGUGCGUGAUGCUCGUGGAGAGAGUGUAUUUACGGCAGCGCGUGAUGAAGUGCGCGUAUUCGCCGAUGCAUUGGCAGUAGACGGACCUGGUGGCUUAAACGUGCGCAGUGCAGUGCAAGUUCCACACGUCCAUGCGCCACCAGCUUCUAAUUUAACGUUAGAGUCCCUUACAAGGCGCCUGGAUUUAAAAGCACCUCAGUCUAUAUAUCUUGAAAGCAGAGCGGGAAGUAUCGACAUAACUUCUCACAGCAAUAUUAAACUCAACUCAAUUGUCGGUGCGAUUAAAUUCGAUGCUUCAAACAUAAUAAUCAAUCAUUUGAAAGAAGCUCUUCCAACGGACAAGCCGCAGAAAAACUUGCGAAAUACCAAAGUAUUCCAGCUUUGUGCUUGUGCGACAGGGAAGCUCUUCUUGGCGGCACCAGAGGCGCCUUGUGCUGUUGAUGAUGACGACACUGAAUUUUGCCGAUGA